UCUACCCGGUUGCGGCUGUCAGUCUGUCACUUCACUCACCAGUGGCAAGUCACAACUACAACCGCUACACACGAGUUGAUUCACGGCGGCGCCACCACCACCAACCUAACUCAUUGGUCAUGUGAAUUCACGGCGGAGAAGUUUCUUGCAGUAGAAUGAUCCACUGGAAGCCUCUGUGCCCAUUUUCAAAUCCUACACAAGGAGAAGUCUCAAGUUGGUGAACGCCGGAAGCCCUCUAUAGUCUAUCCAGAAAUGAAACGAAAAAUGAAACGGGAUUUCUUCACAUAUCUACCAUCAGAAGUCAUUAUUAAUAUCCUUUCAAGACUCCCUAUUCGAACCAUUGCACGAAGCAAGUGUGUUUGCAAACCAUGGCUCCAUCUGCUUGAGACUGAUGAGUUUGUCAGUUCCCAUCAUGCUGAAUCGGUCCCCACUCUGGUUGUCUUGACACCAUUUUGGACACAUAAUCCGUUCUCGUUUUUUGAAUAUGAAUAUGUACGUAGAGAGACGCGUUGUGAAUCCCACACCAUGGUUGAUAGGCAAAGUUUGUGCACAGUUUACGAAUUUGAAGAUGAUCACAAUCUUAAGCAACGCGAUCUUCAGUACAACCAGCUGACCAGAUUUUAUUUCCCUCACAGAGUAGAAAUAAUGGGUUCUGCUAAUGGCUUGCUUUUUCUAUCCAAGCAGUCUGAAGUUCAUUAUGUAUGCAAUCCGAUCACCCGUGAAUAUGUCGAGGUUCAUUUCCCUGAAGAAUUAAUCCAACCCUGUCCAGAAGAUGAGGAAGAUGAGGUAGAUCCUGAAAUUCUCGAGGAGCCUGUCUACGAUGAUCAUCAAUCUGUCACCUACGGAUUUGGAGUGAGCAAAAUAACUGGAAAACAUAAGGUGGUUCGGAUUUCCCAUGGCUUUGUCACUGAUCAAGGAGGGAGGAGGAUCAUUCCUAAAUCUGUGUGUCAUGUUCACACUCUUGGAACAGGAUCUUGGAGACAUGUCGAAUCUGGUGCCCCGUUUGAGUAUAGUGAGCGUACCUCUUGCGUGUUUCUUAAUGGUACUCUUCACUGGAUAGUAUCAGAUUCUUAUAGCAAACUGUGGAUUUCUUGCUUUGAUCUUGAAGAAGAACGUUUUCGCACCUUUUCUACUCCUCCCAUUUAUGAUGAAAGCCAUGAUCUCCUCGCAGGCUUGUCUACUUUGGGGGAUUGCUUGUGUUUAUGUGAUAACACUGGGGAAGAUGGUGAGACUGUUAUAUGGUUGAUGAAGGAAUAUGGGAUCAACAAAUCUUGGACAAAAGAGCAUGUCAUCUACAUAAAUGAAGAUCUUCUUAUGGAUGGGUCUGAACUUGUUUACCCUCUCAAAGUUGUCAAAAAUGGCGACAUUUUGAUGUUACGAGAAAGCUCACAACUCGUCUACUACUCCAGCAAGACUUUUAUUGCUGAACCACUUCACUUCCCAGAUGAAGAUUCAGAUGAAGAUCCAAAUUCUGAUCCUGUUUACUCAAUCCUUCUCACUCCAAGUUUUCUUUCGCUCAAAAGUUUGAAAAUGGACAAUCUUUUCUCAUUCUGAUCGUUUGUAUUUGAAGAACGCAAAUCUGCAGUGCUUUUGCAGUAGAUGAAACCUAUGUUUCAUGUUGA